AUGCUCCUCAACGAUCCCCCAAUUUUUCCUCUGUCGCCGCUGUCGAUGCUUUUGCGAGUUCGCUCAUUCCUCCCAUCCAUGGUCGCCGUCGCGGUCACCGCCACUAUGAAUCUCCCGCGUCGCCACCAUAAACACUACCCAAAAGUUGCCUUCCCCUUCCUCACAAAUUCCAAUCUCACCUUCGCCCUCUCUGGAACCGCUUCCCUUGUGGCCACGCGCAUCUCCACAAUACCUCCUCACCUUCCAGAUCAUUCCCCCUUCGAAUCGCACCUCAUUCCCACCAAGAGGACCGAGAGGGCGUCUUCUUUUCCAAUCUCCGUAGAGUGGCUCCUCGCAUUCGCAGCCUCGCCACUGAAGCUUCAUCAAGAUCCUCUCGCCACCAGAGUGGCGGCAAUCACUGCCAUUUCGACUAAGUUCAGAUCGGUUUCUUCUUCCUGGUUUGAUGAAAUAUGUUUCGUUUCUCACCACCGACCCGUCCUCCGUAGAUGA